AUGACUAACCAAAAUUCUCAACCAAAUUCAUCGAAUUAUCCUUAUCCACAAUACAAUAGCAAUUCAAACAUUGCUCCAACUAGUAAAACCACUCCAUAUUUAACUUCAACCUAUCCCGGACAAGUAGGACAAAUACCACAACAACCAAUGCCUUAUGCUAUGGGUAGUAGUACAAUUAAUACCGGUAAUCAACAAGUUAAUAAUAUGAAUGGUCCUAUUUCUAAUAAUAAUUUACUUGAUUUGCUCAAAGUAAAAACUAUUGUUAGUCCAUUUACUGAAGAACUACCAAUAUCACCAUUAUUGAAUGAAGAAAAUCAACAAAUGAAUUGUAGUCCCGAAGUAAUGCGAUGUAGUCUUAAUGUUUUUCCACAAACAAAAGAUUUAUUGAAUAAAUGUCGUCUUCCACUAGGCGUUCUUAUUCAUCCAUUUAAAGAUCUUGACAGUUUAAGUGUUAUUCAAGGUACAAAAAUAGUUCGAUGUGAUACAUGUAAAAGUUAUAUUAAUCCAUUUGUUACAAUUCAAGAUAAUACACGAUGGCGUUGUAGUAUCUGUUUUCGUGUUAAUGAUUUACCACAAGAAUUUCUAUUUGAUCCAAUAACAAAAACAUAUGGUGAUCCAAGUAGAAGACCAGAAGUUCGUUUUGGUACUGUUGAAUAUGUAGCUUCAUCAGAUUAUAUGGCUAGACCACCACAACCAGCUAUGUAUUUAUUUUUACUUGAUGUGUCUCAUAAUGCUAUUCAGACAGGCUAUCUUCAAUCAUUUUGUGAUAUUUUAUUUGAAAAUUUAAAUAGUUUACCAGGGGAUGCACGUACACAAAUAGGUUUUAUUACUUAUGAUAGUCGAAUACAUUUUUAUGAUUUAUCUGACCGACAAAAUGGUACAUUUCGUAUUAUGGUUGCACCCGAUAUAGAAAAUAUUGAAAAUAAAUUAGAUGAAUUUCUUCCUUUACCUGAUGGUUUAAUGGUAACAUUAUGUGAUUGUCGAACAAUAAUUGAAACAUUUCUUAAUGAAUUACCAAAAGUUUAUCAGAAUAAUCAUGAAACUGAUUCAGCAUUAGGUACAGCUCUUCUUAUAGCUGAAAAAUUACUUCAUAAUACUGGUGGUCGAAUUACAGUUAUUCAAACACGAAUACCUAAUAUAAAUCCCGGUGGUUUAAAUGAAAAUAUUGGAAAAGAACCAACAUCUAUUGGACCAACAUCAGAUUAUUAUAAAAAACUUUCACUUGAUUAUGCAUCACAACAAAUAGCUUGUGAUUUAUUUCUUCUUAAUAGUCAUUAUAUUGAUUUAACAACAUUGAGUAUGCUUGAUUUAUUUUUUUGA